AUGGCGAUAGACUACCAUCCCUUGAAUCGUAGCAAUGCCGAAAUUCGACUUCUUGAAAUCCUGGGUCACGGUCAAGACCCGAGGUAUAGGUUGCUCCCAUCUUGUCACAUCUUCCAGGCUCCACUGAAGAGUAAGCCGGAUUUCGUGGCUUUGUCUUACGCAUGGGGAGACGCCAGCGACAAGCGUCUCAUACUUGUGAAUGACAGUCCUGUGUACAUCACUGCAAACCUUUAUGCUGCAAUUACAGCGCUCAGAUACUCGGAGCAGAGUCGUGUCUUCUGGAUUGAUGCGUUAUGCAUCAACCAAGAAGAUGACGUAGAAAAAAGUUGGCAGGUCAAUUUGAUGAAAGAUAUCUAUCAGCGAGCCUCGCAAGUCUUGGCUUGGCUGGGACCUGCAUGUGACGACAGCGAUCAAGUCAUGAAAUUCCUGAACACCAUCGGACGCAAAGCAGAGGCAUGCGGUGUCACGUCCGUGCAUGGACAUCACCUAGAUGUCUGGCGUGAGAUGGCAAGCAAAGGUCCGCUCACUGCUAAACAGGACCCUUCAAGCCCUUGCAUUGGUGUUGUACGGGGACGCCUGAGACUCAUCCCCCUUCAGGCUCUGGUUGACCUCUUCCAUGCGAUCAGCGGUUGGCAUGGAGAGACGAGCCGCUUCCCGGUUGCUGGCAUGCAACGUUUAUUUACCCGACCUUGGUGGGGACGAGUAUGGGUGCUGCAGGAGAUUACCUUACCGGCAAAAGCCUUCUUUGUUUGUGGAAGCCAAGGUAUCAGUCGUCAUCGUUGCCGUGCAGCUCUAAGUGCUUACAUAGCUCUCUGGAUGGUCCUCAUGCGUAAUUGUCACAAUGGGGUGUGGUCGUUUCUUCCCUACCACACCAGGAUCAUGACGACUCUAUUCCACCACCGUCCCAAUAUUAUGCUGUGUGGACAGGAUCUUCACCAGCGUGAUCGCUUUCCCCUGGCAGCCUUCCUUCGAGCGACCUGUGUCGGGAGCGUUAAUCUGCGCCGCCAUGGUCCUCAUCAUCUAGAAUCGACUGAUCCUCGAGAUAAGAUCUUUGCUCUUCUGAGUUUGGCAUCGGACCAAGAAUGGUUACAGCGUCGAGGCGUUAUCCCUGACUAUACGAGAACCUGUCAGGACGUGUACACGUUGGCAAUGGCGGUCAUGCUUGAGCAAGGUCACAUAUCGCUGCUCUCGCUCUGUCAAAGACCCAAAGUACAGCACCAUCUUCCUUCGUGGGUCGUGGAUUGGUCCCGGUCCGCCACCGACAUGCUACAGGAUGUGGAAAACGAUCAUGUCACACUCUGUCCUGCUUUUGCAACGUCCUCAGGAAUGGACGACAGCCCAAACGUCGUGGUCAAGAGACGAGAUGGGAGAGUGACCGGUAUCAUGCUGUCUUGUCAGCUGUACGACAAGAUCCGAGCCGUGGGGUACUUCGUGAAGAGGGAGUCGACUCAUGAGGUGCCAUUAGAUGAGACCUUUACCUGGCCGGCGAGAUGGCUUCUGGAGAUACUUCGCCUCUCCUAUCUGCACAAGAAGGAUGACGAUUUUCGUGAGCGUCUCGCUGCGGCCACAAGGACCUCGAUUGGAGAUGUCGGCUACGAUUCUCAGGGUCAGCUCAUCAGGAUCGGACAUAAGCGGUUUUCUGAUGCAGUGACCCUCCUGAAGUGUUCACUGAGAUUCAUCAAGCAUCGCCGGACAAGACUCGAUGCGAAGAAAUUUCUGACUGCUCUCACGGCCGAAGAGACCGCUGCAUGUAAACCUUUGAUAGAGACCAAACUGAACUCGGAGAUCAUUGGCAAGAGUCUGGGACGUCUGCCUUUCGUCACCGAGAAAGGACAUCUAGUGCUUAGUUCGGAACAUGUCAGGGCUGGUGACGUCAUCGCUUUGGUCAAAGGUAGUCAAGUGCCAUUCGUGCUCCGGCCAAGCCACACUAGUGCGUACUCUCUGAUCAGUGAGGCCUACGUUGAUGGUAUCAUGAAUGGGGAAGCAGUCACACCGGUAGAGUUCCGACUUACCAAACUCGUCUAG